GCUGAGGUGAGUGGGCGGCAACGGCUUUGGUCUGCCGCCUGUGUGCGUUUUUUUCUUCCGGACCCUGCAGCUUCCUCUGUGCUGGGCUGGGAACUGGGGAGGCAUGGCUGAGUUCGGCCUCCGAAGGCGCUCUCUCGUUUUUCGAGUGCGCGGAGGCCUCGGAGUGGACAGCUAGGAGGAGGGGGCUCUAAGCGCGGCCGUCUAGGGGCUUCCUCCGUGUUGGGACGCCGAGUCGGAGUGGAGGUUGGAAGACCUGGCGUCUAGUCCCCGCGCCGCUGUUUUUCUAAGCUGUGUGGCCUUUGGCGAGUCAUUUGCCCUCUCUGGCUCUUUGUAACAUGAGAAUAGCCCUCCCUACCCUUCCUUCUUCUGGGAGCAGUUGUGAAACAGCUGAGAUAUGAGGGUUAUUGUUAGUCCACAAUGGGUGAGCCACAGCAAGUGAGUGCACUUCCACCACCUCCAAUGCAAUAUAUUAAGGAAUAUACGGAUGAAAAUAUUCAAGAAGGCUUAGCUCCCAAGCCUCCCCCUCCAAUAAAAGACAGUUACAUGAUGUUUGGCAAUCAGUUCCAAUGUGAUGAUCUUAUCAUCCGCCCUUUGGAAAGUCAGGGAAUCGAACGGCUUCAUCCUAUGCAGUUUGAUCACAAGAAAGAACUGAGAAAACUUAAUAUGUCUAUCCUUAUUAAUUUCUUGGACCUUUUAGAUAUUUUAAUAAGGAGCCCUGGGAGUAUAAAACGAGAAGAGAAACUAGAAGAUCUUAAGCUGCUUUUUGUACACGUGCAUCAUCUUAUAAAUGAAUACCGACCCCACCAAGCAAGAGAGACUUUGAGAGUCAUGAUGGAGGUCCAGAAACGUCAACGGCUUGAAACAGCUGAGAGGUUUCAAAAACACCUGGAACGAGUAAUUGAAAUGAUUCAGAAUUGCUUGGCUUCUUUGCCUGAUGAUCUGCCUCAUUCAGAAGCAGGAAUGAGAGUAAAAACUGAACCAAUGGAUGCUGAUGAUAGCAACAAUUGUACUGGACAGAAUGAACAUCAAAGAGAAAAUUCAGGUCAUAGGAGAGAUCAGAUUAUAGAGAAAGAUGCUGCCUUGUGUGUCCUAAUUGAUGAGAUGAAUGAAAGACCAUGAAAGAUGUUUCUCUUUCCUUUUUUCCUUUUGAUAAUGGCAUCCUAUAUUAGUUCAUUUUCUUUUGGACAGUCUUAAGAGAGGUUUCACUAAAAAUGUAAACAGCUUUAAUCUUGACUCCAACUUUUUCAAUUAUGAGAUGUCAUAGGCAGUAAUUUUGCUGUAUAACAAGCAUAGACAAAUGAGUACCCUGCACUAAGAAUAAUCACUUUAAAAAGCAAAGUGUUACCUGCUGUUGUAUGGGACAUUCCUGUGUUUUGGAGUUGCAGUAAAACUUUGAUGAUAACCUCAA